CAGUUUGUCUUGGACGGACAACGAAUCCGAUUUGUUCGUUUUGUAACGCUGAAUUUUUAUUGGGGCAAAAAAAGGGAUGUGACCGCGUCUAGCUGCGCGCGAACCGACGGAUAUUGCUAACUACUCGAGGCGGGCCGCGGAAUUAAUAUAGAUAGAUUUGAAUUAUACGUGCAUUACGCGCGCGAUUCCGAGAAAAUGAGCAGUAUUGAAACGGCGGCAGGUGGACAUUGCCGCAAGAGUAGGAUACCGCCAACCGGAUAUUGGGCUUCGUAGCGGCUGAAGGAGGCGUAGUUGUGUCGCACACAGCGACGAUGAAACGCCGCGUUUCGUGAAAAUAAACGGCUAUCACGUUUGACGCGCGUAUUGCGACACAGGAAAGAGACAAGCUUUUAUGAUACGCUCCGAAACACUUGCGAGUCCACGAGGCAGAUAUUACCUCGAAGUCGCGCUCUCGUGUCAAUUAAUGCAGCUUCGAGAUUCACGCAGUAUGAACACGUUACGUCAUCAAUAUUGGCCGCAAGAAUAAAUGUUCGAUUUGAGUCAGCGUCAAGUCAUUGUGAGACAAAAAGACUCCAGGAAUUACUGUUUGCACAUGCACUCACUCGUGAGCACGCGCAAAACGCGAACACGUAUGCACGUGCAUACGGGUGUGUGUAUAUUUAUCUACUAGCGUAGAGAUACGUGUGUAUGAAUAUCGGUAGAAGGAGAUUAUCUGACUAAAGCCCGGAGACAGGCGGCCGACCAAUAGUUGUGCGAGCGAUCCGCGGCCGAAUGACCGCGUGAUUUCGCUUUUUCGCGAACGAGCAACACGCCGCGGGGAUUCCGUAGACAUUAAAUGAGAUAGAGUCCCGAUCUAUCCCGUUGUGUGCCCUACCAUGCCGCAGGAGAACGAGAGGACCAUCAGCGGGUCGAACGGAAGGACCUUGACGAAAGACCGCCGCGGGCCUCCGGCCGAAAGUGACGAAGAGGCUCGGAGGAGUCUUGGCAGUAAUAGGUCCGAUGUCAAGGGGCAAGAGGAUCUAGAGCCUCGCAAGGACGCGGACGACAUGCCGGAACUCAAGGAUCAGGAGGUGGGCAGCGACGACCAGGUCUUUCUGGAUCUGUCCGAACCGCCGCCGGAAGUCAUGGAGUACGCCAGGAGGGAAUUGGGGGAGACCGACGAGGUCAAAUGUCAGUCGUUGCAGGAGUUCCGCGAUAUGAUUUACGAGAGAGGCGAGUGUCUACCGCACAGGAUGGACGACGAUUUUCUCAUCAGAUUUCUUCGCGCCAGGAACUUUAACAUAAAGAGCGCACAUAAGCUGAUAGCGAAUUACUACAACUUCAAAGAGGAACAUCCGGAGAUCCAUCAGCAAUUAAACUCGACCCAGAUGAGACACAUAGGUGACGACAACGUGAUCACGGUACCAGCAUACAGAACUCAGUGCGGCAGACGCAUGAUGAUCUACCGUUUUGGCAACUGGGAUCCGCGGAAAUAUCCUGCCGAGGAGCUCUUCAAGGCCACAGUCGGGAUCCUCGAGCUUGGCAUUCUUGAACCCAGACAUCAAAUCUUGGGAGGUUUAGCCAUUUUCGAUUUCAAGAACAUCUCUAUGACACACGCGUUGUCCGUGACGCCUCAGGUGGCGAGUAUGAUGCUGGCUCUGAUGGUGACCGCGUUUCCCAACAGGAUACAAGCGCUGCACAUCAUUCAUCAAUCGUGGGUCUUCGACGCGAUUUUCGCGGUCUUCAAGCCGCUGCUCGACGCCAACAUGCGAAACAGGCUAUUCUUCCACGGUAACAACUACGAGAGCCUACACAAACACAUCUCGCCCGCGUACCUGCCGAAGACUUACGGGGGCGUGAGGAGUGAGCUGCCCUAUUACAAGUGGCUCGCAUCCAUAAUCAAAGAUCCCAAAAUCGUUGAGCAGAUGAAUAAAAUGGGAUAUGUCCUCACGGACGAGAUUCGCGAUGCCUUCACACGCAAUUAAAAUCGAUCGACUCGCGAGAGGGAAGUCGGGGGCUUCAGCAAAACUUUAAAACUGCUUACUUUUGUACACAUGAUAUUUAGCAAUUAGUUCGCACACCUUUAUUAUCGGUCUUGCUAUUUAGUUUUUAUAUCUGUAUCUUUGGACACUUUGCGAUUAAACGAUAUACAAUACGUAUUGCAUGGAUUAUUUGUAUUGUUAAUUGUAAAUCGAGCUUAAGCGCGCGAAAACGUUUUAUACUAUUUACAUCCAAGAUGUAGGCAUAUCGUAAUUGUGAUUCGUGUUCAAUGCUGGUUAACUAAAGGCUCAAAUAAAAAUUUCAUUACGAUCAAA